AUGGAACAGGCCUCGGACUUUGGUGACACUCGAAAGAUCUACCGUCUGAUCUAUCAUGUUAGCGGUAAGCCCCGUACACUGAGUGACUCUGUUGGCGAUGUAAACGGCGGCUUUAUUGUUGACAACUCGGCCAAAGUCGAGCGCUGGCGUGAGCACCAUCUCAACUUCGAUACCCAACCUACCUCGCCCUUUCUCUUGUCCUCAGCGGAGUUUCUUCCCUCUCCUACUUAUGCAGUGCCAUGCGAUCCCCCCUCCGAGGGAGAAGUCGCCGAUGCCACACGAAAGUUGCGCAACAAUAAGGCACCCGGAGAGGACGGUAUACCCGCUGAAAUCUUCAAGUCUUAUGUCGACACUCUGGCGCCCUGGCUACAUGAGGUGAUUGAACGAGCGUGGAGAGACGAGGUUGUUCCUGAUGACUGGGGCUUAGGCAUCCUUGUACCUAUCCUCAAGAAGGGAGAUAAGACGAGAUGCGAGAACUACCGCGGCAUAAGUCACAUCGACGGUGCUGUGAAGAUCUUCGCUAUUGUCCUACUCAGGCGAUUCCAGGCUAUGCGUGACUCAAGGACGAGGCCAAACCCAGCCGGAUUUCGUGCUGGACGUGGAUGCGCAGACCAGAUAUUCACACUGAGGCGCAUUCUCGAAUUUCGCCAUAGCUACCAACAACCGACGGCCGUCUGCUUCAUUGACUUUGCCGCCGCAUUCGAUCCCGUCCACCGUGAGUCCCUGUGGCGGAUAAUGGCGUUAUAUGGUGUACCGGCAAAAAUAAUCGCCAUGAUCAAGGCCUAUUAUCGCUCCACUUCUGCGAGAGUCCUGGUCCGCAACAAUCUUUCCCAACCGUUCGGUAUUCGGUCUGGCGUCCGACAGCGUUGUAUCCUGUCACCCAUACUGUUCAACUACGCUAUUGACUGGAUCCUCGGGAGGGCCCUACGCGAGAGUGACGGCGUUGAGUUUUCAACCGGAUAUCGACUGACUGAUCUUGACUAUGCCGAUGAUAUCGCCUUACUUGCUUCAAGUUUUGGUGAUCUGCAGUCUAUGGUGUCACGGGUGAACGAGGUCGUUAAAUCGGUCGGUUUGUCCAUAAACGCUGCGAAGACCAAAGUGUUCUCAAGCUGCAUCCCUGACCAGGAGAAGGCACCCCUCGGGAUUGAUGGCUGUCAACUUGAAGAAGUAGGUUUAAAUACCUUGGAGCGAGGCUACUGUCUAAUGGACAGAGUAAGGACGACAUUGUCUCCCGAAUCGAUGCUGCCCGCUGGGUUUUUUCAAGCCUUCGGAAAUGCCUGUGGGACCGACGUGACCUCUCCAUCACCACUAAGAUUCGCGUGUACCGUGCAUCUGUCCGAUCUGUCCUUCUCUACGGUUGUGAAUGCUGGGCUUUGCGCGUGGAGGACGAGCGAAAACUGAAGGUAUUUGACUACCACUGCUUAAGGACCAUCCUUCGAGUGAAGUUCACCGACUUCGUAUCAAAUGAGACAGUCCGCGCUCGCUACGACAACAUCGCAAGGAUAACUCAGGCCAUCCAAGAAAGACGACUGAGGUGGUUCGUGCAUGUUCUUCGUCGUCCACCUCCGGAGCUCAGUGUUACUGCCCUCGAUCCGGCACCGUUGCCCCAUUGGAGGCGUCGAAGAGGGGGUCAACUCAAAACCUGGCUCGACACUGUCCGUCGAGACAUGGAGGUAGUUCUUGGACCUUCGGUAUUCGGUCUCCGUCGUUGGCGAAGGGAAUGGGUUGAGCUGUCCAGGUCUGCUGCCGCGGAUCGUCACGCGUGGAGAGGUACAGUUCGGGACAUCAUCGAGGCCGGCUAG